UCAACAAAGUAUGAAGGAGAGAGAAACAGAGAGAGAGAGUGAAAGAAAAUGUUAACCACACUUUCUGAUCAAGAUAAGACCCUGGAACGGAUUUUCUUGAUCACGAAUUUGGUGGUGGAGCUUCCGUCGGCGGUUCUUGAUCAGCUAGCCUCAGUUCACAAGCCUCGCUAUGCACUAAUCAGCUUGAUCAUGUCUUUCGUAAUCAUGCUUAUCUCUGUUCUUGAUCUUGUUCGAAUAGGUCGAAGAGAAAGAGUCAAAUGGAUGAGGAGAGGCAAGAUCAUACCUUGGUUUUACUCUCCAUAUCCAAGUUACAAGCCUCUGGGAACAUUUGCUGAUAUUUUUGGAUUAGUUUGUAGCAUCUUCCAAUGUGCUUCUGCAGCAAUUGCUUAUGCCUUUCUGUCUCAUAAAGCCGAUAGUCGUAUCAAAAUGUCAGUUUGGCCAUUAAUCUUUGCCUUUGGUUUAUUGUGUUCUAGAUUUCCAAAGAAUCCACGCCCUGAAAUUCAUCUAGAGAGCCCUGCUCGACGCACCCUGCAUGAGCUUCAGCCUUCUGAAACUCAAUUAUACUAUGAAGAUAAGAAGAAUUACCGGGAGUUUUCUGAGACUCCUAAGAAGUCCAAGAGAAAGAAGCGUGAGGAAGUAGAAAGGUUAAAGCAGCUUCAUACACUAAAGGGUCAUGUUGAAUCAGUGGUGGAACUCAGGGAACUUGACAUCGACUCCGAUGAACAGUACUACUCUGUUUGAGAAGCUGCAAACGCUUGUUCUUCUAUUGCCCCAUUCUUCAAUACAUAUGGUACGUUAGUCCACUCUGAAGGGUGAUUCUUUU